GUCAAGGUCGACGACAACAACAAAACAUAACAGCAGCAGCAGCAGCGGAGUGAAGGGUGUUAGCUUAGCACAGUUAGCUCUACCGCUCUCUCUCUGAGCUCCAUAUAAGAUAGCGUUAACCCAGCGUUACACAACCUCUCCCGGCCCGCGGAGCAGCGGCAGGGCCUGCAGCGGGUCUGAGGGAGCGGGGAGCGGGGUGUGAGUGAGGAUGAGCCGCGGGGAGGAUCAGGCCGCUCCCGGUGUGUUUUACUGAUUAAACAGCGCUACAGCUAAUUAGCCCCUGCUGCUAACCUGCUAUAGCUAAUCUCGCUGUAUGUGCAGCUAGCGAUCCUUCAGCCCUCAGGCCGCGAGAGAGCCGCCGCUUUACCGCGGGGAAUGAAGCUCCGGGAAUAGAGGUGAACAUCAGUGACUAGAUGAAGGAGACGGGCUGGAGCCAAGAGCAGUGGAGAUCUCAACAUGAAGUUGUAUGUGUUUCAGGUCAAUAAUGGAAGCACACUCACGUUUGACACUGAGCUUGCAGUCCAAACAGUUUUGGACCUUAAACAUGCCAUUCAGGCCAAGUAUAAGAUUGCCACGCAGCACCAGGUGCUGGUGGUUAAUGGAGGGGAGUGUAUGGUGGCGGAGAGGAGAGUCUGCAGCUACAGUGCUGGAACAGACACCAACCCCAUCUUUUUAUUCAACAAAGAGAUGAUCCUGUGUGACCGAGCACCAACCAUCCCCAAAACCACCUUCUCUAUAGAGAAUGAGAUGGAGCUGAAGGUGGAGGAGUCCCUCAUGAUGCCUGCUGUGUUUCACACCGUUGCCUCACGGACACAACUCGCUGUGGAAAUGUUUGAAGUUGCCAAGAAGCUCUGUUCAUUCUGUGAGCGGCUGGUCCAUGAUGAACACUUACAGCACCAGGGCUGGGCCGCCAUCAUGGCCAACCUGGACGACUGUACGCUGUCCUAUCAGAAACUGCUGUGGAAAUUCGACACGGCGUACACCAAUUACCAACAGGACUUUGAGGACAUCAAACUAAAACUAACCAAACUUGGAACAGCGGUUUCAGUCAUGGCUAAGAUCCCGCUGCUGGAGUGUCUGACCCGCCACAGUUACAGAGAGAGCGUGGAGAAGUCCUGCUCCCCGCGGCCCAGAACCACCGAGGAGGACGGAGACGAGACGUCCCGCCGGUCGGACGUCCUGUCCACUCCAGAUCAGAACCGCAAAUCUCCCGCUCCGGUUCCGGUAUCGGAGGAGACGGGGGGCGGGGCUUCCCUGCUUCCUGCUGAGGAGCGGCUGGGGGGGAGCGUGGGCCUGCAGGAGGCGCUGGAGGAGGAGGAGGAGGAGGCGGGGGAUCGGGCCGGCGCUCUCUCCUUUAACGUCACGCUGCUGGACUGGAUCAACGUUCAGGACCGACCCAACGACGUGGAGGCAGUAGUGAGGAAGUGCUUCGACUCCAUUAAUCGACUGGAUCCUCGCAUUAUUCAGCCGUUUCUGUCGGACUGUCGGGAGACCAUAACGAAGCUGGAUAAUCAGAACAUGAAGGCCAUUAAGGGGCUGGAGGACCGAUUGUACGCACUCGACCAAAUGAUCGCCAGUUGCAAAAAGCUAGUUAACGAACAGAAGGAACUUGCUCAGGGAUUUCUAGCCAAUCAGAAGAGGGCUGAAAACCUGAAAGACACUUCAGUUUUGCCAGACCUGUGUCUGAGUCACGCCAACCAGCUGAUGAUCAUGCUGACCAAUCACAGGAAGCUGCUGGACAUCAAACAGAAGUGCACAACUGCCAAACAGGAACUGGCCAACAACUUGCAAGUCCGUCUCAAAUGGUGCUGCUAUGUGAUGCUCCAUGCGGAUCAGGACGGGGAGAAGCUGCAGGCUCUCCUCCGGCUGCUGACGGAGCUGAUGGAGCGAGUGCGGGUGGUGGAGGCGCUCAGCACCGUGCCGCAGAUGUACUGUCUGGCCGUGGUGGAGGUGGUGCGCAGGAAAAUGUUCAUCAAACACUACAGAGAGUGGGCGAAUGCGCUGGUUAAAGAUGGGAAAAACCUCUAUGAAGCAGAGAAGGCCAAAAGAGAGACAUUUGGGAAGUUGUUCAGAAAGUCUUUUCUUAGAAAUCGUUUGUUUCGAGGACUCGACUCUUGGCCUCCCACAUCGUUUUGUACUAGAAAGCCCCGCAGGUUCGACUUUGAGCUUCCAGACAUCUCUCUAACUGACCUGCAGUAUCUGAAGACCUGCUGUCCUGCUGAAGUGCAACCUUUUCUCAGGGUUCCAUCACUGUGUGACUUUGAGCCUCUACACCAUCAUGUGGAGGCUCUUCAUCAGCUCGUACAGGCGGCUCAGAGCGUAGAUGAGAUGUCUCAAACCAUCACUGACCUGCUGAGUGAAUUAAAGGUUUCUGGAAGUCAGAGUUUACAGAAACCCAUGGCUUUAACACCCAGAUCAGACAGCAGAACCAAGACCACGCCUACCUCCUCUAAAACUCCGCCCUCCCUCACGCUACAGGCUCCGCCCUGUCAACCCCUCCCCGUUCCAGCCCCGUUAGAAGACCUGUCUCCGGACAGUAUAGACGCUCACACGUUCGACUUUGAGACUAUAGGCCACCCCAACAUGGAUCCGGUUCUGCAGCAGGGUUCUCUGGACCUGGACUCUCUAGCGGAGAGCCCGGAGUCUGACUUCAUGUCUGCGGUGAACGAGUUCGUUAUUGAGGAGAACGUGACGUCACCCAAUCCCAUCAGUGACCCGACGAGCCCGGAGAUGAUGGUGGAGUCGCUCUACUCCUCCGUUAUUAACGCUAUAGAUAGCAAGCGGAUUCAGGACACCACCACGCUGGAGCGGGAGAACUCCAGAAUCGCCGUGCUGAAGCUGAGCGCCGACCGGUACCGCUCCGCUGCUGAGGAGUCUCAGAGCAACUUCAGGAAGGUGAAGGACGACCUGUCGCACUUCCGCGGUCUCGUUCUGAAAGAGCAGCGAGACUUCGGCUUCGCUCUGAAGAAGAUGAGCAGUGAGGUGAGCAGCAUAGUGAACAGCAUUAAAACCGGUCAGGAGGAGGGGCUCAGUGAGAUGCAGCAGAACCGGCUGCAGAGCCUGAAAGCAGAUCAUGAGAAGCAGAUCCUCGACCUCAACCAGGAGCUGGAGGGGAACCGCAGCAUCGUGAGGGACGUUCAGAGAGCCAUGCUGGAGCUGGAAGGGCUGGUGGAGCGUAAGGAGAAAGAGCUGGCUCAGAUGGAGGGGGAACGGGAGCGCUCGCUGGAGGAGGUGAGAAAUAACCACCAGAAGGCUGUUCAGGAGCUGGAGAGGAAGAUGUCUGAGCAGAGUGAGAUGUUACAGGAUACGCUGAGGUCCAAAGAAGCUCUUUCCAGCCAGUUGGAGAGCUUACGCCUGGAGCUGGAGUGCAGCAAGCAGAAAAUCCGUCAGGAGAUGGAGAAUGUGGAGAAGAACCACCUCCAAGAACUGGAGGAGCGUCUCAGACAGGAGCACCAAGCCCUACUGGAGACCCUGAAACGCAGCAACCAGAGCGCCCUGGACUCCCUGACCAAGGAGAACCAAGCCAGGCUGAAAGAUCUGAGCGAGAGCUUCUCCGCAGAGCGUAAAGAGCGCGAGGGGCGGUUUAAAGACUACGAGUCUCGCGUAGCCGAACUCGCCGACGCUCGCUGCAAGCUGGAGGUGGAGAUGGCUCUGAAGGAGACGGAGGUGGAGGACCUGCGCCUGCAGUACGAAGAGGCUAAAGCCCAGAGAGAGGAGGUCCUGAGAGCAGAGAUGUCCUCUCAGACCAGAGUCCUGCAGGAGCAGGUGGACGCUCUGACGCAGCAGCUGCAGAAGAAGAACGAGGAGUACGAGCUGGGCCUGGCCGAGCUGCGGGCGCUGAUGCGGCUGGAGAAGGACCACUGCAUCUCCGAGCUGGUGGACCGACACGAAGAGGAGAGCACGCUCCUCCGUCACGAGUUCUCCACCCUCAAGCAGAAGUCUCAGGACGCUGAGAAGGACCUGGAGGACCGUCUGCUGAAGAUCCAGAGCGAGCAGGACCAGCACAUCGCCAGCCUGCGGAAGGAGCAGGACGAGGAGCUGAGAUCCUUCCAGGAGAAAGAGCAGGACCUGCAGACCAUCGUCAGUGACCUGCAGGCGGAGAACGCCCUCCUGUCGGGAAGACUGGAGCAGGAGCGGCAGGAGGCUCAGAGACGGGUGGAGGAGGAGGUGGAGUCCGCUAAAGUGAUGCUAAACAAUGCCUUACGGGACUUUGAGCUCCAGAAGGAGGAGCUGGAGACGGAACUGUUAGGAAAAGUUAAACUACUUGAAUAUCAACUUGAAGAAAGACAAUCCACUGAAAAAGUGGCAGCAGCAGUUGGAGUGUGUGAGAUGGUGCAGAGUGUGGACUGUGCUCUGCAGCAGAGGCUGGAGGAGGAGAAAGCGUCGCUGCUGGAGAAGCUGGAGCUUCUGGAGAAGAAGAAGAACGAGGAGCUGCAGAGCUUAAAAACAUCACUAAUAGCUGAGCAGCAGACUAAUUUUAACACUGUACUCACUCGGGAAAAGCUGAAAAAGGAGCAGAUCGUUAAUGAACUCAGUGAAAAGCUUAAGGAGUUAACACUACAGCAGGAGAAAGAUAAAGGUUUGAUAGAGACUCUGUCGGAGGACCGCGCCUCCAUCCUCCAGGAGAAGAAGCAGCUGGAGGAGGAGCUGAACCACCUCCGCUGCUCCGCCCUCAUCUCCUCCACCUAUAUAAGCUCCGCCCCCGCGGCGGCGGACGUGCCGGGAGCGUGUGGGCCGGGUCCGGCUGAAGUGCCGGGUCUGUGUGGGCUGGACUCGGAGAGGCUGGCGUCGGUGGCGGCGCUGCGAGACGACGAGAGGGUCGACUCCGCCGUGGAGGCCAGCAUGACCACCGUGCAUGAUAACACACUGGUGCUGUCAGAGGAGAAGCAGAGGAUACUGAUAUUAGAAAGGACGCUGCAUAUGAAGGAGGAGGAGAAUAAGAGGCUCAGCCAAAGACUAAUGUCUCAGAGUAUGUCCUCAGUUUCCUCCAGACACUCAGAGAAAAUCGCUAUUCGAGAUUUUCAGGUUGGAGAUUUGGUUCUGAUCAUUUUAGACGAGAGACACGAUAAUUACGUUCUCUUUACCGUCGGACCCACGCUCUACUUCCUGCACUCAGAGUCCCUCACAGCUCUGGACCUCAAACCAGUAACAGGAGCUACGCGGCGGCCGUGGGUUCUGGGGAAGGUGAUGGAGAAGGAAUAUUGUCAGGCAAAAAAGGCCCAGAACCGGUUCAAAGUUCCUCUGGGGACUAAAUUCUACCGAGUAAAAGCCGUGCCAUGGAAUAAGAAAGUGUAAAUUGUAAUAUCACUAUGUAAUGUAAUGAGCUGGAAUGUUUAUAUCGCUUUUUGCAGAGAUCUUACAUAAUUCAUAAUUGUCUUAUCAUUAAAAAGACAAACCGUUAUAAUUUUUUCUUUUUCUUUUGUUUGUUUUAUUUGAAUACGUUUGGCUCUGUGUGGAGAACCGUGUUCUCCUCUGUUUAUUCUGAGGGUUUGUAAAUGUGGACCAAAUAAUCUUAUUUUCCUGGGGCAUGCCCUGCACAUCCGGCCCUCAGGCCUCUGUAACAAGUCUGUACAAUGAACAAAAAGCUAUUUGGAUGUUAUAUAUUAGUUCAUUAUCAUCAUUAUAAUUAUUAUUAUUAUUAUUAUUGAGAUUUUGUCCAGUUGUGGGGAAGAACACGCUGCAUCAUCAGAAUACUCACGUCACCAAAUUCUAAAAAUAUACUUUAUUGUAAAUGGGGGAAUGUUCAUGGCAUGCAUAUAGCUCUAUUUUCUUUAACUCUCUGGAUGUGUGUUGUAGUCGGAUCUAUAGGUUAAAAUGCAGUGUGUCUCACAGCAGCAGUGCAGUACAGUGUCGUACGGUGCGGUACUAUGCAGUGCAGUACAGUAUGGUAAAGUACAGUGCGGUACAGUACGGUACAGUAAUGUACGUUACUGUGCAGUGCAGCACGGUGCGAUACUAUGCAGUGCAGUACAGUAUGGUAAAGUACAGUGCAGUACAGUAUGGUACAGUAAUGUACGUUACUGUGCAGUGCAGCACGGUGCGAUACUAUGCAGUGCAGUACUGUACAGUGCGAUGCAGUGCAAUACUGCACAGUACUGUUUAGUGCGGUACGGUGUGGUGCGGUGCGGUGCAGCACUGUAAAUUGCUGUGCAGUACGGCCUUUCUGUUAAUGAGGAUCUGAAGAUCUGGUGAUGCCGGGGCAGCGGCGGGGCGACCGCGGGUCCUGCUGUCUGUAAAACGGCACUUUUUUGGGAGAGUAGCUGCUUUACAGGAUCCUAAAGGAAAGUCGGCUUCGCUGCCAGAAAACAAUCAGAAACUAAACUGAAGCCGCAGCAGCACAUAUCCCCCCACCCCCCCCCACCCCCCCAGCGCCGACCUGUAGAGAGAAGUCCUCCCUGUUUGUUGAUGUGUGUCCUUAUCCAAUUAAAUCAUCACAUUGUAUAUUAUUCAUUACAUCACACAAGUAACAAAAAUGACUGUAUUGUAAAAGAGUUUAGAGUUUUCAAACAAUAAAGGUUUGAUCCCACA